GAACCUCAACUGCCUUCUUCAAAAGCCCAUUGACAAGUCUUUUAUCCAUAACAAAUAUCAGAAAAAGACCAACAGACAGCAAAAUAAUGUCAGACACGCUUGAUAUAACUGAGAAUAAACUCAAGGUAACAGCUAUUACCUAUGAAAACGGUUCAUCCCCUUUAAAAGUUAGUGAAGUGGAUUUACCUGUUCAAGAGAAGACGAUUGUGAAGCCAACCGAAGUUUUAGUGCAGGUGAAGGCAACCUCUUUAAAUCCGGUGGAUACCAUUUUGAAGCAAUUCAGCAAUAGCUAUUUUGGGCCAAAACAAAAAAUCAUUGGAGGGGAUUUCUCUGGGAUUGUUGUGAAAGCCGGGGACAAGACAUCGCUCAAAGUUGGCGAUAAAGUGUAUGGGGAUCUGCUAACGUUGACAAAACAGGGAUCUUGUUCCAACUUUGUCAUUUUUGAACCUGAGAAAAUUUUAGUUUGCGAGAAGAUCCCGGAUAACAUGUCCUUUGAACAAGCCGCCUCUUUGCCUUGUGUAUCCAACACAGCGUUUCAAGCUUUGAAAAAGUACUCUGGAAAUUUGAAAGAUAAGAAUGUUCUGGUUUUAGGUGCAGGCACAGCUGUUGGUUGCUUUUCAGUCCAGUUUGCUCGUCAUUAUUUCGAAGCCGCCAACGUUGUUGCUACCUGUUCGUCCAAGUCAACAGAGAAAACCGAGAAGAGCGGAGCCACAUUAACUGUAGACUACACUAAGGGCGAGCAGUUCAAGUACGAUCAGCUUUUGGGCUUUGUGAAGUCUCAUGGCAAGUUUGAUCUCAUUGUUGAUUGUGUGAGAGACGAGAGCGUCAUGGAUCAUUUUGAUUCUUUGCUCAAACCAGCAACUGAACAGGGUGUUUUUGCGCAAGUUACUGGCUCUUAUUUGCUUGACUAUAGCGAUGUCAAGCUUUCCAACCUUUUACCUAGCUGGAAGAGAAUCAGUAGCGGUUUCAAAACCUCGUUUGGAUUUUCGAAAUAUGCGUACGCCCCAGUGAGAACUUCCCGGGAUGCUGAAUAUGGUUCAGCUAUUGCCAAGCUAUGGAAAGAAAAGAAGCUGGAAAUUUUCUUUGACUCCCAGUACGACGCCUACACUGGAUUCAAGGAGGCAUUCGACAGAGUAGCAUCUUGUUCGGCUCAAGGUAAAGUCAUUCUCAAAUUUUGAGCAUCUCUUCUCGGAGUUGAGUUUACACCGCCGUGUUUUUUCUCCGUGGACACUUUUUUUUUCUAAUAGCAGUAGGUUUGUUUUGUUUUCCUUUGCCUCUUCAAGGCAUCUUGAUUUUCGUUUUCUAACAAGCUAAAACGUUUAACUCUUUUUGUUG